UUCGGAGAGCUGCGUUGGUCGUCUUUGUAGAACAGCGUCCUGUACUUUGCUGGCACCACUUAAGAUCUCUCAGCGAGUAUGGAUGGAUGGAAACAGCUGUUUGUUCUGCUUCUGCCCGUGUGUGCGUGUGUUGACAGCAGAGUGAGUGUUGUGAAAACCGUCGGCAGAGACCCAGACAUCACUCCUGUGUGCACCAGUGCAAAGUUAGGUGUCAUUAUAUUAGUGAAAUGUAUGAUCAACACAGAGACACACCGGGGGGAUGAGUGUUGCCUGCUGUAUACAGGUGACAAGCAGUCUGACUAUAAAUGCGACUCAAGGUUCAUGUUGCUAAGCAAGAAUUAUUCUAUAUUUAUCCUACUAAAUAAUUUAACACCGACGGACAGUGGGAAUUACACCUGUGAGUGUUCAUAUAAAAGAGGAACACAUGUUGUCCAUCUUAAUAUCACUGUUGAAGCAGGUGGAGAGGAGGGAACUUUCUCUGGCAUGAGGUUCAUUGCCUCACUCGUCAUCGCCAUUAUCAUUCUUGCCAUGUUCAUCAUUAUGGCUGGGAUCAUCUGUGAUCAGACCCAGAGAGGAAAUCAUCACAGAGAAAACACAAGAUCAGGAGCAUCUGCACUAACCAGAUCUGAAACUCCCUUCUCUUUGGACCAAGAUGAUCUCUAUGCGAGCCUUCAGCUGCCAGCCAGUGAUGUCUACCACACUAUCUCCUCAAGUUGCCGUUAUCAUGAUACUGAAGCAGGUCCAGCUAACAGUUUUAAUAAUCAGGAAACAGAUGGAAAAGAGAAGGAUUUACACCCAGAUUACACAGUCUACGAAACUAUCGAGAACUAAGAUGAAGAUGAUGCAUGUAAUCCCAUUUACAAAAUAUUGCAUAUGGACAUUCUGACUUGCUUACAUAGCACUGAUUCUACUUUCAAAUGACCAAAGUAGUUAAUUCUCUAUGAAUUCUAAAUGAUGAUGUACAAUAUUGUUUAAAAAUGCAAAAAUAUACA